CAUCUUAGACCGGAAGCAUGUCAGCUCACAAGUUGCAAUGUAUGCUGCGUUUGCCAUGUCUCAAAAAUAUUUGGAAUGUACCUUUUUAAACUGAGCUUAGCAGUAGAUUACAAGUCAUCUGAGCAUCUGUGAAUGUGUGGAAUAAAAACAUGGAGCCUCAGGACUUGGAAUUUUUAGACCUGUCCAACAUAUCUGAAAGAGAAGCAAAGGAAAUUUAUACUCUGCUUAAUCCUCCAGGUGGUAUACAGUAUGUCGAGUUACCGUGGAUGCCAAAUACAACUUAUGCAAAUUUAAGAGAACCACAGACCACAGAACAGCCUGAGAAUAUCAGAAAAGAUUCCAACAUUGUUGAUGCAAGAAUAUCAUCCAUGACUCCUGCUCUUCGUCCACCAUCUGGUUCCCUGGCUAAUCCAUCAGUUGUUCCUCCACCUUUCAUUUCUCCUAGUGUAGCCUCUGCUGUACCUCAUCUAGCCGGAAGUCAAGCUUUUCCUUUCAUACCUCGUUCUUAUCCUCUUCUUCAUCCUCAUUUUCCACAACAUAUGAACUCCAUUUUUACUCGCAGUGUUCCUCAGCAAGAAUUGACGGCAGUUCAACAGAGUUCACUUCCUCCUGCUUUUCCCAUUCAUACUUCUCAUAGAGAAUAUAUUCCAGUCAUGCAUGUUAGUUCUGAUAAGACCUUAAUUACACAGAAGAAAGGGCUUGUUUCUGCUAACAAACAAAUGUCACAGAGUGAUAAAAAUAGUGGCUCUUCUGAUAACUCUGUUAAUGAUUCGGAUGCACAACAAGCAGAUCAACAUAGAACAGUUGUGGAAGAGCCUAUGCCUACAGGAAUGCCAUCUGUGGUUCCAGUGCCUUUUACCAUGCCCCCCAAUAGUUUUCCUGUCACUACUGGCACCAUACCUGUGGCAGCAGCUGCCACAGGAUAUCCACCAGGUAUAGCUCCGGUUCAUUAUCAACCUCAAGGGCCUUCAGCACCUCUGUUAUAUGCAGUUCCAUUUAUAACAUCUGCUUAUCCUGGGUUUAUUCACCCACAAGCACCUCUUGCUGUUAGAAGUGAACAUCUUGAGAAGGAAAAGGAACACUCCAGUGAGAAUGAUGGUGGUGUUAUUAUAACAAAUUCAGCUGUCACAUCUGUUGUUGCAGAAAUUCCUUCAGUUACUCUGACUUGCAGUGAAUCAACACCUAUAGAAACUUGUGCUACUCAUGGUCAACAUAGCCAAACCUGUGAUGAUUGUAAUCUACAAAAGCCACAGGUUGAUAUCUAUCAAAUCAUACAGCAUGGUAACCUACAGAAUAAUCAUAUUGUACAAACAUCCAAGUCUUUCAUAAAAAACGAAGAUAGCUUCAAAAAUGAUGGUAAAAACAAGCUAGAUGUGUCAUCUGAUAAUGAAAAUGAGUCUCAUGGAGGUAUAUCAGCUUCAAGGAUAAUAGUGAAUUCAUCAACUAUUAACAUGACUGAUACUCAACCAGCUCUUUCACAGCAAAUGUCUGCUAAUGAACCUUUAUCUUCUUUUCAUACAGAGGAUACUUUUUCUUGUGAUACUAAGUCUUUAGUGAGGAGUAAUAAAUUUAGUGAUGUUUAUUCAGACUGUACAAUAACAGAAUCACAAUCUAAAAUACCAAUUGUAAAAGAGGACUGCUCAAAUGUGGAUGUAUCAACAUCAGUUACUUCAGUUAUGAUUAACAAUGAUGCAGAAAAUACACGUAAUACUAAUGUCUGGCAUCGACGUUCAGGUGCUGACUUAUUUAAAGACCAAAGAGCUGGUCAGAUUACUUCUCAAGAAUGUCAAAGUCUAUCUCUUCCUCCUGUUUCUACUGCUGAAUUCAAAGAAAGCGAGGAAAAUGGAAGAUUAGAAGACACUGAAGAAUAUCAAAUUAUAAAGGCUGAAGAAGAUGUGUUAGCUAUAAAAUUAGCAAACAUUUUUGAAAAUACACGACUGAACCACAUUGCUCCUUUUCUACAACCUCGUGGGCUUAUUAAUCGGAGUAAUUGGUGCUAUAUUAAUGCAACACUACAAGCACUACUAGUGUGUCCUCCUUUGUAUAACUUACUGAAACAGUUUACUAGUCUCCUAGGGCAGAAUCGUAACAAGUCAUCAACUCCCAUCUUGGACAGCUUGGUGGAAUUUAUACAAGAGUUCCCAACCCUACCACAAGCUAGCAAGAACAAGAGAAAAGAAGAUCUAGCUAUUGGAGCUUCUUUUGAGCCUGGAAAUAUUUACAAAAUGUUAAGUGUUAUUAAGUCUGAAUGUGUCAAGGGUCGUCAAGAAGAUGCUGAAGAAUUUUUAAGUUGCAUUUUAAAUGGUCUUCAUGAAGAAAUGUUGGCGGUAAUGAAAAGUAUUAGAAAAGAUGUGGGAAAAGAAGCUGGUAAUGGAGAAGCAGCUGCAAAUGGACAUCUAGAUGACAGUGGAGAUGAAGGAUGGCAGGUGAUGGGACCGAAAAAUAAAAGUAUAGUCACCAGAACUGCAAGCUUUUCUCGUUCUCCAAUUUCUGACAUUUUUGGUGGACAGAUGCGGUCAGUUCUGAUGGCAGGAAAUGAAACGUCAGCUUUUCUACAACCAUUUUUUACACUACAGCUUGAUAUACAGUCAGAACAGGUUGAAUCUGUGCUUGCAGCUUUAGAACAUCUCACUAGUAAAGAAUCCAUUCAGGGAUAUACAUGCACUAAAACCAAACAGGAGGUUGAAGCAUCUCGUAGAAUCACCCUGGAAGAACUUCCUUUAGUUUUAGUACUUCAUUUUAAAAGGUUUGUUUAUGACAAGGAUGGGGGAUCCAAGAAAGUAGACAAGUGUGCAGAAUAUGCAGUCACUCUAGAUUUGACGGGAGAUAUUCUUUCUCAAGAGGUGCGAAGCAAGUACAGUCAUAAAUCACUUCGUACUUACAAGCUCUUUGCUGUGGUAUAUCAUGAGGGAAAGGAAGCAGUGAAGGGUCAUUACAUAACAGAUGUGUAUCAUGCUGGUAGCGGUGGAUGGCUACGCUGUGAUGAUCGUACUAUAACUCCAAUUACAGAGACCCAACUUCUUCGUUACAGUCCACCCAGAGUUCCUUACCUUCUCUUCUAUCGUCGUCUAGACACUAUACAGCCUGGCUCUGGCUUCUUAUUGAAAUGAACUUUAUAAAAUCUGUGUUUGUCUUCCUGUCAGAAGCCCAGGUUUAUUUAAUACGAAGCCAAGAAGAAUUCAUUGUGCUGAUUAAUCUUAUGUUUUGUUAAUGUGCGUGUUAUCUUAUCAAGCUUUAUAUCAUCUAUAAUAUUGUUAUCUGUUCAUUAAACAAUUUUGAAAUUUGCAAAACUAUCAUUGCUUUUGUAGGUACCAAAGUAAUGUUGAAUAUGGUCUUUUCUGGCUUCAAAAACACAAGUCUCUUCUUACAGUCAUUUUUGCUAUUUUUGUUGUUAAAAACAGUGUGUGUGUGUGUGCUCUGGAUGAACUAGCCAACAAGAAAUUGUCAAAAGAAAAGGAAAUACAGUUGAAAAACACUAAAAUGAAAGUUAUAGAUGCAAAAAAGAAGAAAGAGAGAGAGAAAAUCAUUCUGAUUUGUAAGAAUUAAAUAAGAUUGAUUGUACAGUUGUGUAUAGCUAUAAAUAUAUAUAUAUAUUUAAUAACGUACUGUAGGUUUGGUAGUGGGUAUUCAAGAAAAUUGGAUAAACGUUUAUUUUUAAGUGAAAGAUAACAUAUAAAUUUAAACCCAACAUGAAUUCUUUGUCCUUGCUUACACAAUAUUAUUGUAGUAUAAAGCUCAUAUUUGUAAGAAUAUAUACCUUCUGUACCAUGCAUUCAUUAACCUGCAUUAACCUUAUUGAGGUUUUUGUACAAUUCAUAGUUCGCAUGAGAACAUAAGAAUUGAUAGACAGUUCUAACUUACAUGUUUUUGUAUUUGAAAUUGCUAUAGGGUUAUUAUAAAUAUAUCUUAUUACAACUUUUGUGUUUGGUGCUAACUAAUGGAAUGUAAAAUGAAAGGAAUGAGCUUAGGAAAUUUUACACCUUUUUCAUACUGAGUGAAGUAAAACAGACCGACACAGUAUGGUGAUACCGUCAGAUUUGUCUGUAUUAUAUAGUGUGGAAAAAUUAUGAACAUUUCAUAAUCUGUCAGUGCUUUUUCAAUUAGGGAAUAAUUGUUCAACACUUAUUAGAUAUCAUCUUCUUCAUUGUUCACACUGGCCACAAAUAAGAUGGCAAUAAUAGUUUUAAUAACCACCACCAGAAUGAGCAUGCAAGAAAAUCUACCAUUUCAUCUGAAUGUUUCAUCACAAAACAUUGCAGCUUUUUUAUAGGUAGAUGUUAUUCAACAAUAAUUUUCCCUGACUUGACCAUAUGAUUAAUCUUCGUGUUUCACAAAAAUUAUGUUCUAAUGGUAAGUAUUCUUUGUGAAUUUUUACUUGUGCAUUUACAUCAGAGUAUACCAUUUCAAAUCUCUUAUCACAUUCAGAUAUAGAUUCUGUGAAUAUUUUUUUUUUUCCUUGAUUAUUUUUAUGCUACUUUAAAUAUAUGUAUUGUUUCCCAAAUACAGCAUUCCCAAUUUUAUCCCUGUGUGCAGAAUCACCUUAUUUUUUGACCACUAAUGGUAGCAAGUAAAUUUGAACAAAUAUUUAAAAUUUAUGUAUUGGUUGUAAAACUACUACAUCCAGGUGCAAUGUUAGAUUUAAAAUGUUUAUGUAACAAGCAAAUGUUCCUUGAUAAAGAUGAAAAUAAAACUGCCCCGGAUGAAGAAAGAUGCACCUUUCAAAAGCACUUAGGUUUAUAGGGUUUGUUGUGUUUUUGCCUUUAUUUGUUUUUUUAACUUGUGUGUAUUCCUAAAAACUUGCUGUUAACAAUAUUUUUCAGCAGUAAAUAACUGUAUUAUUGGUGAAUUGUUACAUCACACAGAUUUUAAGCAUUGCUGUUUUUUAUUAUUAUUAUUAGCUUGUUGUUCUGUGAUAGUUGCACAUAUGUAAUUUAUUAUCCAAAAAGUGUAAUUCUUCCCUUCCCUCAGAUGUAAAAUAGUCACAAUUAUAUGAAUUAAUUGAUUUACUUGAAUACGUUUGGCAUAUACUUAAUAUAUGUGAUACACCUUUUAAACCAUACUAAACAACUGUGGUUUGAAAAUGUGUAUUAUUUAUAUUAAUUAAUUAUAACUGUAAAAUAGAGGUCAUUGGUUUAGCAGAAUCCAUUAAAACACUAAAAAAAACAUCUAUAAUUAUGUUAGGAAAUCAUACAAGUCUUGAGCAGUUACACCUUUGUCAAAUCUCGUGUUGAUAUUAAAAAUUUAAAAAUAAAUUAUUUUGUGGUUAUAAUUUAUUUUUUGUUUUUUAUUAUUUCUGGAUUAAAGUAUUAUAAAAAAGCCUUUUUAAAGAAAGAAUAAAGUUUCUUAUGACAUGUCAAGGCAUUUGCUUUCUUUAGAAGCUCAUUCACACUAAUAAGGGCUAGGAAAAUAUAAGUAACUAUUAAUUAUGUUCUUUUUUUCUUUUACUUUAAUACAUAAAGCUUUAAAAGUUAGCUUCUCCUCUAUCCAUAUAAUCUGUAGCCUUCACUCAUUUGAAUAAAUUUAAAAGAAAAAUGUUUCAUUUAUGACCAUGAUAAACUGUGCCAGUGUGUUUACUGGCUUAAAUGACUCCUAGCACACCAGGAAAUAGGAAAAACUUUUAGUCAAAAUAGAUAGGUAUGAACUUAGCAGUUGUUAUGGCAGACGUUCCAGCUUGAGGGAAGUACAGCUGCGUUUUGUUGUACUUAUAAUACAUGUUGGUGCUAGGUGAUGUAAUUAACAAGAAAAAAAUCUUAACUGCAUAUUAUUUUUUACUGAAGAGAGCUAGCUAUUGUUUUGCUAAAUGUUUUUGUUAAGUAAGUUGUACUGGAAACUGAAGAAAACAGAUUUUGUGGCUAACCCCCCUCCGGUGCCAAACUAUCACUUUUGUUACUUAGGCAAGUGUUCUUCCAAGCCAUGUUAGUUUUAAGAAAAUGCAAAAAAAAAAUUGUGCAAAUGUUAUUGCAGUUAAAUGCACUUUUACUUUGUGUGUAAUUAUUAAGUGCAUGACUAUGCCUAAUCAUUGCCUGUCCGGUUUUAACCUGCUGUUAGAUCUCAAAGUAUAAAUCUAAUAUGCAUCGGAAGUUCCAAAUGUUGAGCAGCAUUUUUUUGUCAUAACAGUAAUACUUGUAUCUAAUGUAUUGGAACUAGUUAAAGAAAAUAUUGUAUGUAUAUAAUUCACACAAACAUGCUUCAUUAGAAUUGAUAAACUGGAAAAUGUUAUAUUUCCUCUUAGAAUAAAAAAAAAACCUUAACAUUUGAGCUAUCAACCUGACUCGGUGUACCGAGAACUUGAGUUUUUGAUUGUUCUUUAUAAAAUCUGUAUGACAUUUAUUUUCACACACUGAAUAUGUAAUAGAUACAAACCUCUUGUUUGUCUUCUGUCUUAAAGCAUGCAUUCUUGAAUUUGAAAUGUAGUUUAAAUUUCUCUCUUUUACAUAAUACUUCAAAGAAGGUUUAGUCUUAACAAUCACAUGUGUCAUCAAAAGCAAUGUAAUGUGAACAUGUAAGAAAAGAAGUGAUAGGUUUUUUGAAAAAGUAUCGUGUAAAAUAUGUUGUUGCGUAAUAAUAAUAGCGAGUGGAAUAUGGGUUUGCUGUACAGUUUUAACUAAAGUAUAAGUGAAAACAUGAUUUGGAUAGGUGGUGUUAAUGCUUAAAAAGUAGUUAAACUUUUUUAUGUAGUUUGAGAAAGUUUUUUUUUUUGUCUUAUACUUUAUUUUUUAUUAUGUAUUUAUUUUUAUGAUAUGUACACUGUUUUACUGUAUGUUUCAUGUCACGGAUAAUUGUGUGAAUAUUUGUGGUAUUAUAAUGUGUUUUUACUUUAUCUGUGUUAAUUUUUUUCUUUAAAUGAAAGACAAAAAAGUAAGUUAUUUAAAAUACAUCUAGAUAGUUCAGAACUCUAUUAUAAGAAGGAAACUUUAAAGAUUAAAUUGUUUGAAUCUUAAUCUUGAACAUUAAAUUUUAAUAACUGACAUUUUAAGCCUAAGAAUUGAUUUUUCUAUGGUUUAGUUCUCAUACCUGAAAAUUUGUUUAUUUUAAUUUUAAUUAUAAGAAGUAAAUAUGAAAUUGUAAUCUUGACAUUUUAUAGCAAAAAUAAUACCAGCAUAUUUAACAAUCUUUAUUAAGUUAUAAGUUAUGUUAUUACUUUUUAUUAGUUUUAGACUGCACAUCUUAUCAGAACUUGUAUUGUUUUCAAUUUUUGGAAAAAAAUUCGAUAAACGUAGCUCUGAGCAGUUUUGUCUAUUUUUGGUUCAAGUCUCAUCAGUUACAUUAUUCAGGUUAAUGGAAAGUAGUUUUCUUGAGACUUUUUAUAAAGAAUACUGAAAAUUAAAUAUCUGUAGAAAUUGAAGCAUUUUCAAGCUAAAUUAAUAAAUAGGGAAAGAAAAAAAUGCUUCACGGGAUUUUGGUGCAAACUAGAGUUUUAUUAGUUUUGAAGGUUUUUCAUCUGUGCUUGUAAAUAUUUUGUUUUCGAUUGAUAGCAGCAGCUUCAUGUCUAUAACGUUUGGAAACCCUUGGUAACAUAAACCUGUGCCUUUCAAAGCUGUUGAUAUGACACUCUGACAGAGAUUUGGGUGUAGGUUAUCUUUUACAGAUUUUAUAAAAAUGUGCUUAUAAGAGAAUUUUGAGGUUCGAAUCAUUGAAAUAAAAUUAUGUUUCACAAAAUA